CGGGUCCGGGUGCAGAGGCUGCGGCAGCCGGCGGCGCGGCGCCCCCCGCCCCUCGCCCCCCGGCUCCCCUUUGUUCGUCCCCAUGGCGCACGAGGCCGGGCAGCGGGCCGGGCCCGGGGGCGUCGGCGGGGAGCCCCAGGCCCAGCUCGGAGGGGACACCGGCGACGAGGAUCCCCCCCAGGUGUGCGUCAAGUGCUGCGCCCAGUUCGGCGACCCCACGGAGUUGCAGGCCCACCGGGACGGCUGUGGCCCCGAGGCCCCCGGGCCGGCCAUCCCGGGGCCCCAGGAGCGCCCCGACUCCUCCGCGGGCCCGGGGCCGGCCGCCGCGGCCUCGUCGUCGUCGUCGUCCGCCCCCUCGGAAGCCCGGCCCGACAGCCGGGACGGCCCCCAGGUCAUGGAGACGGAGCACGGCGGCCCCCCGGGUCCCCCGGGUCCCCCGGACGGCCGCCGGGCCCCGGAGCGGGGGACGGAGGAGCCCCCCGAGCGCUUCCUCGUCGCCGCCACGGCGGCCGCCGGCGGAGGCGGGGGGCCCGUCCCGGCCAGCCCCAAGCUGGGGGCCACCCCGCUGGCCCCCGAGUCGGCCCCGGCUCCGCCGCCGCCGCCGCCGCCGCCCGGCCCGGCCGGGCCCCACCUGAACAUCCCCCUGAUCCUGGAGGAGCUGAGGGUCCUGCAGCAGCGGCAGAUCCACCAGAUGCAGAUGACCGAGCAGAUCUGCCGCCAGGUCCUCCUGCUGGGCUCCCUGGGCCAGGCCGGCGGGCCGGCCGCCGCCGCCGGCCCCUGCGACCUGCCCCGGACCCAGCCCGUCGCCGCCGCCCCGGCCAGGCCCCCGCUGCCCGUCUUCGGCCCCGCCAAGCCGGGCCAGGCGGGCAAGGCCGCGGCGGCCCCCGCGGCCGCCGGGGCCGCCGCCGGGGCCGAGGCCCCCAAGCCCGCCUUCUUCCACCUCUACCACCCCCUGGGGGGCCCGCACCCCUUCGCCGGCGGCGCCGGCCGCGGCCCCAAGCCCGCCGGGGGCCCCUCGGCGGCCUCGGCCGGCGGCGCGGACCAGCCGCCGGCCUCCCCGCACCUGGCCUUCCCCGGCGGCGCGGGGCUGCCGGCCGGCCAGUGCCCGGGCCGGGGCCCGGAGGCGGCGGCCGCCCCGGGCCUGCUGAAGCCCAAGAACGGCGGCGGGGAGCCGGCGUUCGGCGAGCCGGGGGGCCCGCCGGAGAAGCCCGGGGGCCGGCACAAGUGCCGCUUCUGCGCCAAGGUGUUCGGCAGCGACAGCGCCCUGCAGAUCCACCUGCGGUCCCACACGGGCGAGCGGCCCUACAAGUGCAACGUCUGCGGCAACCGCUUCACCACCCGGGGCAACCUCAAGGUGCACUUCCACCGGCACCGCGAGAAGUACCCGCACGUGCAGAUGAACCCGCACCCGGUGCCCGAGCACCUGGACUACGUCAUCACGGGCAGCGGGCUCCCCUACGGCAUGUCCGUGCCCCUGGAGAAGGCCGAGGAGGAGGCCGCGGCCGGGGCCGGCGGGGACCGCAAGCCCCUGGCCGCCGCGCUCAGCGCCACCGAGAGCCUGACCCUGCUGUCCGCGGGCGCCGGCGGCCCCGCGGGCCCCGGCCUGCCCGCCUUCAACAAGCUGGUGCUCGUCAAGGCCGUGGAGCCCCGGAGCAAGGCGGACGAGAACACCCCGCCGGGCGGCGACGGGGCGGCCGGGGCCGGCCCGGGGGCCGAGGCCGGGGGCGUCUCCGCCUCCGCCGCCGCCCGGGUGCAGCUCAGUAAGCUGGUCACCUCCCUGCCCAGCUGGGCCCUGCUGACCAACCACUUCAAGGCGGCGGGGGCGGGCGGCUUCCCCUUCCCCUACGUCCUGGAGCCCCUGGGGGUCUCGCCGUCCGAGACGUCCAAGCUGCAGCAGCUGGUGGAGAAGAUCGACCGGCAAGGGGGCGCGGGCGCGGCCCCCGUCGGGCCCGGGGCCCCGUCCUCCGCCUCCGCCUCCCCGUCCCCCGCCGCCGGCUCCGGCCCCAACCAGUGCGUCAUCUGCCUCCGCGUGCUGAGCUGCCCGCGGGCCCUGCGCCUCCACUACGGCCAACACGGCGGGGAGCGGCCCUUCAAGUGCAAGGUCUGCGGCCGCGCCUUCUCCACCCGCGGCAACCUGCGCGCCCACUUCGUGGGCCACAAGGCCAGCCCCGCCGCCCGCGUCCAGAACUCCUGCCCCAUCUGCCAGAAGAAGUUCACCAACGCCGUGACCCUGCAGCAGCACGUGCACAUGCACCUGGGGGGGCAGAUCCCCAACGGGGGCGCCGUGCUCCCCGAGGGCGGGGGCGCCCCCGGGGAGAGCGGCCCGGAGCCGCCGGCCGCCCCCGCCGCGGGGGACCGCCCGCCCCGGCCCCGGCCCCGGCCCCCGCCCGCCGGGGAGGACCCGUCCGAGGACGAGGACGCGGAGGAAGAGGACGGGGAGGAGGAGGACGAGGAGGAGGAGGAGGAAGGGGAGGAGGAGGAGGACGGGGAGGAGGAGGAGGAGGCCACCGACGAGGACUCGCUGGCGGGGGCCGGUUCCGAGAGCGGGGGCGAGAAGCCCGCCUCGGGGCGGGAGGAUUCGGAAGGCGCGUCCGGGCCCGAGGACGAGGCCGGGGCCCGGAAGGAGGCCGACCGGGGCGCCCGGGGGCCCGAGCGCCCGCCCCCGCCCCCGCCGGGGACCCCGGAGGCGCCGCGGCCCACGGAGGAGGAAGGCCGCCGGCCGGCGGGAGCGGGGGACCGGGGGGACCGGGAGGCCCGGGCCGGGGGGAGCGGCAGCCCGGCGCCCGCGCCCUGCCCGGACGGGGAGGGGGCCGAGGGGCCGGGGCUGCCCGAGGCCCGGAGGAAGGAGGUCGCGGAGCCCGGGGCGGGCGGCGGCAGGAGGCCCUGCGGGGUCUGCGGCCGGGCCUUCCCCAGCCAGCCCGCCCUGGAAGAACACCACCGGACCCACGCCAAGGAGGGGGCUCCCUCGGCCUGCGGCGUCUGCAAGCAGAGCUUCCCCGAGCGGGCCGCCCUCAAGAAGCACGUGCUGCUGGCACAUCAACAGGUACCGCCCUUUGCCCUCCAUCACCCCGCGAGGGGAGCCCCCGCCCCGCCGGCCCCCGGCCCCCUGCCCGCGCUCUGCCCGCCGCCGCCGCCGCCCACCCCCCCGCGGCCCCCGCCCUUCCCUCAGGAUGGCGACUCCGCCGUGCACCUGAGCACCCAUGUCUGGACUUGCAGCCCCGCCCUCGGGGGCCAGCGUCUGUCCCCGGAGGGCCAGGUCCCCCUCCUCUCCGGGGGCCCGGCCAAGCCGCAGGACUUCCCGCCCCGGGAUGUCCCCGCUCGGCCGGCCGGGGCGGGUCCCCUGUCUUUCUGGAACCAAUACACGGCCUUCCUGUCCGGGGACCCGGCCCCCAAGCCCCGCGGCUCCGUCCCGGGGCCGGCCCCCGUCUCGCCCGCCCUCUUCGGCCUCGAUGCCGGGAAGGCCCCCCCCGCGGGGGGACGGGGCGAGGCCCGGGGGCAGGCCGAACACCCCGCGCUCUGUCCCGCCGCCCCCCGGGACCCCGCCCCGGGAGGGAAGUAG